AGCCUAAUAAUCUUUUUGCAUUUUGAAUAUUUAGGCAAUGAUCGCCUGUGCUUACUUUAACAAAGGAAGUAGAAAUGCUUAGGAGAGGUCAGUCAUAGACUAAUACACUCAAAGACCCGAAUGAAUCUAUGGAACCGCAAGUGAUAUAAGACAUGUGUGGUGGUGGCCAUGUGAAACACUACACAAGCAGACAUUUUAUUAUUGCAAAUGCAUUUCGAUUGGAGACCCUCCCCGAUGCGACAUUGCCAACUUCGGGCCAUGUGCCCCAUCCUCAGGGGGUACAAUCGUCAUUUCUGAAUCCUUUGCUUCACCCAUUUAUUUAAAUAAAGCUUUUCAGGAGAUCUGAGAAGCGAAGAAGUACACACCAAUCAAGAAGAGUGAGAGAGAGAUGGGAGUCAUGAGUUUGAGCAGCAUGAUAAUGGUGGUGGCGAUAUUGUUAGGACAGGGGAUUGGUAAAGUGUCGUCGACUCUAUACAAAGUUGGGGACUUGGACGCAUGGGGUAUCCCAGUUGAUGCUAAAGUCUACUCCAAAUGGCCCAAAUCUCACUCAUUCAAGAUCGGUGACUCCCUCUUGUUCUUGUACCCACCAAGCGAAGACUCACUGAUUCAAGUGACGUCCUCCAAUUUCAAGAGCUGCAACACCAAAGACCCAAUCUUGUACAUGAACGACGGCAACUCUCUCUUCAACCUCACCCAAAACGGAACUUUAUACUUCACAAGUGCACAUCCAGGCCACUGUACCAAGUACCAGAAGCUCCUCGUCUCCGUCGGAACCUACUCCGCCGAAGCAGAGGCCUUGUCUCCGUCGUCUUCUGCCGACGGUCCCUCUUACGAAAACGCCUUCGGGUCCAUUCCUCUCUCUCAGAAAUCGUCGUCCUCAUCGCUCAUUUCGGCUUUCUCCAUUGGCUUUGCUUCGCUGGCUUGCGCUGUCGUCGGUGCAAUCAUGUGAAAACGAAUAUUUUUUGAAUAUUUUAUUUUAUUUUGUCCAAAGAGCAAAAAAAAAAAAAAAAUGAUUGGUUCUUUUUUCCUUUUGUCUUUAUGGCAAGACUAGGGAAUGAUGUCUUAAUUAUUUAUUUUUAUACAUACCCUUCAGCUUCAGGCUA